AUGUCGAAACGCAGCAGUAUUGAUGAGGAUUACGAGCCAAAUAAACGUCGUAGAAGCACGAGGGAAGAGGAAACAUUAGAUGAACGUGCCCUAACCUUCGCUUCCGCGGAAUCAAAAGACAUAUUAUAUAAAAUUCAAGAGCUGCUACGAAAGAUUAAUGGAAAGCUCCCAGAUGAGCAUGCUGUUGACUCGACGUGGGUUCUCAGCAUGCUCACAAAACUCAUGACUCAAGCUAAAUCGUUUGAGGAAGCGGAACCUUGCAUCAAUGAAAUCACGGAAUAUUUUAAAGAGCAUGAGGAUCUUUACUGGGAUAAUGGCAAGUCCCCUAUGAUAAGUAAUCUCAAACUAGCGAAAAUAGCAUGGAGAACGAUCCCGCUCACCAGAGAAAAUCUUCUUAUGGAAGUAAAAGGUAAUAGUAGCUCCACGCUGUUCAUGCUUUUCAUCGUUAACAUGGUCUUAGCCUUUACCAAGGCGGUGUUCGUGAAACCGAGUCCAUCCUCAUUCUCCAAAAGAUCCGGAUGGUCAAUCUCCCAAGAACGUCCUGGAGCUAUCCUCUGUCUUCGCCCUCGACAUAGGCAAGGACUGCCAAUCAUACUCUAUCACCCCGCAUUCCUGGCCUUUCAACGAAUUCUCCGUAAAGACCUUCCGACCUCUCAGGAGGCCACACAGGCUAUGCGUGUCUCUUGGGAGCUAUGUGAAGAAAUGGGGAAUGCGUUUUCGGAAGAGGACGCCCGGAGUGCAAAGUUCGACGAGAUUAUGGCCGGAAUGUUUGAUGGGAUCGACAGAAAAGAGGAGACCUUCAAGUCACUAACAUCACAUGCCCGAGUAGAUAGAGUCUACCAUCUUCAAGAUACAAUCGUCAUAGUCCGCGAGGACAAGAACGAGUUCGAAACCGGAGAUGCAUUUCUUUACUGCGUAUAUAUGAUGAGCUAG